AUGGAUCUUGAAUAUAAUACGAGCACUUUUGUGGCCAUAGCGGUCAUCGUCCAUCUGGCAUUACUCGGAGCAUUUCUGGUUAACCUUAUCAAUCUUGUCCUAUGCUGUCGGAGUGACCAAGAGAUGUUCGUAAAGAGACCUCAAGUGCUGCUGUUCUCAGAUAAUCUUGUUAUUAUUAUUCUACUUUAUUUAGCCUUAUGGCUAUAUCCAAUUGGUGGAGCUUUUCUUACUGUUAUUGAAAUCAUUGUGUGCAUCAAUUUCCUCCUGUAUUUCAAUUAUGUGAAGGAGUCUGGGUUGUUACAUUGCCUCACUGCAUCUGAGGGCACAAAGAAAGAUCUGAAAGAAGCUCUUGGUGAAAAAGAUAAUCUAAAUUUAUUAGAACAGAAAUAUCCUGUUAAGGAAACUAGAUGAGUUUCUAGGAGCAACCUCACUGAUAAGUUUGUAGCUGUUCUUUAUCUUGUUGAAGGGAAUGUACAGGUUCUACCAAUAUGAUUGAAAUUUCGUGUCCAAACCUUUUGCGGAGCAUUAAAAUGGCAAAAGUUUAAGAAAUAUUUUCUAUGUUUAAAUAUAUGUUUGCUGUGCAUUGUGCAAAUAGUGGAUUAUAUAGCGACCGACGCAUGAGAUAAGGACAUAGGACCUUUAGAGAUUUUAUUUACUGUUAUAAACAUUUUCUGUACUAUGUCAACUAUGAUAACCUUGACCACAUUUAGUAGUAAUUUUAAGAAGUCUCUUUCGACUCAAAAUUUGCCUCAGAAAGCAUCUACGAUAAUGGUGACUUUGGUACCAUUAAACUUCAUUCCUGCAAUUUUAAAUAUCAUAGACCCCAAGAUGUCUGGAUAUUCUAAAGAUGAGUCUAGGAGAUUGAUCUUGAUAUGCAUUUAUUCAGCUGUACUCUUGUUUUCAGGCACUCUGCAGAUCUUGCUCUUCCAGACGAUCAAGAUUGAUAAAAAAACUAAACAGAACCAAAAUUCUACACAAAAACCUGUCAAAUUGUCACGUUACACUUGUGAUGAACCCAAUCCAGAAGAAUAAUAUUUCAAUUAUACAUGACCUAAA